CUAGGCAACCGGUAAACUCCGCAGCUCCUAGCCGUUUGAGCUGCGCUGGAGCCGGGAUCGGUCUUGGGCGCUUCUCCUGGGCAGUGUGGCAGGAGAAGGUGAGCCAGGAUAAGGGGCGAGCGUCCUAGAGGACGUCCAAGCCCGAAAGAAGACCUGGCAAAAAGAGGGAAAAAGCCCUCGAGGGUCAUAAUCACCAACAGUGCAAGAAAUCUAGGAGAACUGUCAGAUGCUGGAAUCAGGACCGGCGCUCUCCCCGCUGCAUUAAUCCUCGCCCGGAAUAUUCUUCAAGUUCCAGGACCUCCUCAGCCCCCAAGCACCUUGCCUUCUGCACUUCUCCACCAGGCCGUGACCCCGGCUGUGACCCGGAGUGGGCAGGACCUCUUUCUGGCUUUCAGCCUCCGUCACUGUCACUGCUGCCCCCGCCUCCAUCACCGCCGCCAUGGAGAUCGUCUACGUAUACCUGAAGAAGCGCAGCGAGUUUGGGAAGCAAUGCAACUUCUCAGACCGCCAGGCCGAGCUGAACAUUGACAUCUCACCCAACCCUGAGCUGGCCGCACUGUAUGUGGAGAGGAACCCAGUGGACACAGGCAUCCAGUGCUCUGCCAGUAUGUCGGAACAUGAGGCCAACACCGAGCGGUUUGAGAUGGAGAACUGCGGGGUUAACCAUGUCGAGGGGGGCUGGCCCAAGGAUGUGAACCCCCAGGAGCUGGAGCAGACCAUCCGCUUCCGGAAGAAAGUGGAAAAGGACGAGAACUACAUCAACGCUGUCAUGCAGCUGGGCUCGAUCAUGGAGCACUGCAUCAAGCAGAACAAUGCCAUCGACAUCUAUGAGGAAUAUUUUGAUGACGAGGAGGCCGUGGAGGUGACAGAAGAGGCCCCUUCAGCCAAGACCAUCAAUGUCUUCAGGGACCCCCAGGAGAUCAAGCGGACAGCCACACACCUCUCCUGGCACCCCGACGGUAACAGGAAGCUGGCAGUGGCUUAUUCCUGCUUGAAGUUCCAGCGUGCGCCCAUGAGCAUGAGCCAUGACUCCUACAUCUGGGACCUGGAAAACCCCAACCGGCCUGAGACUGUCCUGAAGCCGUCGUCCCCUCUGGUCACCCUGGAGUACAACCCCAAGGAUUCCCACGUGCUCCUAGGGGGCUGCUACAAUGGGCAGAUAGCCUGCUGGGAUACCCGGAAGGGCAGCCUGGUGGCAGAGCUGUCCACCAUUGAGUUCAGCCACCGAGACCCGGUGUAUGGCACCAUCUGGUUGCAGUCAAAGACAGGCACCGAGUGUUUCUCAGCAUCCACGGAUGGGCAGGUCAUGUGGUGGGACAUCCGCAAGAUCAGCGAGCCCACCGAAGUUGUCAUUAUGGACAUCUCCAGAAAGGAGCAGCUGGAGAACGCCCUGGGCGCCAUCUCCUUGGAGUUCGAGUCUACCUUGCCUACCAAGUUCAUGGUGGGCACCGAACAGGGCGUCGUCAUCUCCUGCAACCGCAAGGCCAAGACGCCAGCGGAGAAGAUCGUCUGCACCUUUUAUGGCCACCAUGGCCCCAUCUAUGCCCUCCAGAGAAACCCCUUCUACCCAAAGAACUUUCUGACUGUUGGCGACUGGACAGCCCGCAUCUGGUCUGAGGACAGUCGGGAGUCAUCGAUCAUGUGGACCAAGUACCACAUGGCUUAUCUCUCUGACGGAGCCUGGAGUCCUGUGAGACCAGCCGUUUUCUUCACCACCAAGAUGGAUGGGACCCUGGACAUCUGGGACUUGGUGUUCAAGCAGUGUGACCCUGCCCUCAGCCUGAAGGUGUGUGAUGACCCGCUCUUCUGCCUCCGGGUUCAGGACACCGGGUGUCUCAUCGCCUGUGGCUCCGAGCUCGGAACGACCACCCUGCUGGAGGUCUCCAGCAGUCUCUCCACUCUGCAGAGGAAUGAGAAGAACAUAGCUUCCUCCAUAUUUGAACGUGAGACCCGGCGGGAAAAGAUCCUGGAGGCCAGAAACCGUGAGAUGCGGCUGAAGGAGAAAGGCAGGGCAGAGGCCAAAGAUGAUGACCAAAAGGAUGAGGAGUCAGCCCUGGACUUUGACGAGCUUGUCAGCAAAGCCGAGGAGGAGUUCUUUGAAGUCAUCUUCUCAGAGCUGAGGAGGAAGGAGGCAGAGGCCUUGAAGAAGAAACAGAAGCCCAAGAAAAAAAGUAUCGAGAUGGAAGGCGAAGAGAUGGAGGAAGAAAGUGCUGGAGAGGCGGAAGAAUCGGGUGGCAUGAUAGGUCUAGAUGCAGGUGAAGAAGAACAAGAGGACGUGCCCACCUAGGGCAGCCUCUGCCCACAGCACUGUCCCUUUGUGCUCACGGCUUGGCCUUCUGCUUGACAACCGUCUCAUCUGAAAAGCAAAAAGUUGAGUUUCCUUCUUCAAUAAUUAUUGGUGGGGACAGAUCAGGGACAAGUCAUUGGCCCACACUGGGCCAAGCCCCAAGUGCACCCUUCUCUAGGGUGGGAAGGAGUAAGGCUUGUCUCUGUGCUAACUCCCCCGGCCUCUGUAGCCGAGAGGCUAACUCAGACUCAGGGCACACACACAGCCUUUUAAGUCAGACUUUAGAUGGGUCCCUAGAUUCUGCUUAUCACAGGUUAUCCAAUGAGUAGUUACCAAUGCCUUUUUCCCAGAAGCCUCCAGAGCUCAGCCGAGCUUGCGUCUGUGGUACAGGGGCUUCCGGAGCGCCUGCACAGGGGCAAUCUCUCUCUCUCUCUCUCUCUCUCUCUCUCU